CUAGAAUCGUAACCGUUUUCUUUAAUAACACAAUAACCCCGAAGGAGACCCUGACCUGAUUUACCCAACGAUGGCCGAUGGCAUGCAAAUCGACCCAGAGUCUCCACGGGGCACAAAAAGAAAAGUCGACGAUACGCUUCCGCUCCCUGCACCGCGUCGAAUCAAAGCACUCGCAGAGGAUGUCGUGAAUAAAAUCGCAGCCGGCGAGAUUAUUGUCGCUCCCGUACAUGCACUCAAAGAGCUGAUAGAAAACGCCGUUGAUGCCGGGUCAACGGCAUUGGAAGUACUCGUCAAAGACGGAGGAUUGAAACUCCUUCAGAUCACAGACAAUGGUCACGGGAUUGAUAAAGAAGAUCUGCCGAUUCUGUGCGAGCGAUUCACAACAUCUAAAUUAAAGGCUUUCGAGGAUUUGAGCUCCAUAGGGACGUAUGGCUUCCGUGGUGAAGCUUUGGCAAGUAUCAGCCAUAUUGCUCAUCUCAGCGUUACGACACGGACCAAGGAGUCGAGCUGCGCCUGGAGAGCCUAUUAUUCUGGUGGUAAGCUUGCCAGUCCGAAGCCGGGUCAAAGUGCGGAACCAAAGCCUAUCGCUGGUCGACCUGGUACCCAGAUAACCGUCGAAGAUCUGUUUUACAAUGUCCCUUCGCGACGGCGUGCCUUCCGUUCUGCAAGCGAGGAGUACGCUAAGAUCCUCGAGUUGGUCGGAAAAUACGCUGUGCACUGCACUGGCGUGUCGUUCUCCUGCAAGAAACACGGCGACUCUUCGGCCUCAAUUUCUGUCCCAGCCAAUGCAUCGAUUUCGGAUCGCAUACGACAGAUACAUAACAGCGCUGUUGCGAGCGAAUUGGUAACGUUCAAGGCAGAGAACGAUCGCUGGGGCUUCAAAUGCGAAGCGUGGAUCAGCAAUGCCAACUACAGCGCUAAGCGUACGACGAUGAUGUUGUUCAUCAACCACCGAUCCGUUGAAUCACAAGUCAUCAAAAAGAGCAUUGAGCAAACAUACGCUACCUUUCUUCCGAAAGGAGGCCAUCCCUUUGUCUAUCUCAGUCUCGACAUCGACCCUCAAAGGGUAGACGUAAAUGUCCAUCCCACAAAGCGCGAAGUCCAUUUCCUCAAUGAAGAUGAGAUCAUCGACAUCGUGUGUGAUGAGAUCCGUACCAGCUUAAGCAAGGUUGAUACAAGUCGAUCGUUCAUGACGCAGUCUCUUCUGUCGAACCCGAAAGUACCCUUUGCUACACCAAUGAAGCAAACUGCGCCUGCUACUCCAGCCCAGAGCGGAACGGUUGACGGGAGCACUGUUCGACCGACGCCCAAAACAGCCACAAAGAAACCUUACGAGAACAAUCUCGUGCGUACUGAUGCGUCCGCCCGCAAGAUCACCUCCAUGCUCGUGCCACGCGAGUCAACACAAGGCGGCGAGGACGAUGACAACGAACCAGAAUACGAAUACACAGAGAAAGAAGCGACGAUUUGUCGUCUCACCUCCAUCAAAGAGCUUCGGAGCGAAGUGCGAGACGCCAUGCACAAUGACUUAACCGACGUCAUCUCCAUGCACACUUUCGUCGGUAUUGUGGAUGAACAGAAGCGAAUAGCGGCCAUCCAGGGUGGUGUGAAGCUUUUCCUAGUCGAUUAUGGGAUGUUGUGCAAUGAAUACUUCUACCAAGUAGGACUAACUGACUUUGGCAAUUUCGGAUCCAUCAAGUUUAGCCCACCUCUCUCGUUACAUGAGCUGUUAUCGCUAGGAGCAGAGCAGGAGAAGAAGAACGCAGGCGACUCUGCAGACGAAAUCGAUUGGGACGAGGUCGUAGAGUCAGUCAAGCUCCAGCUGAUUGAACGACGGGCACUGCUUUUGGAAUACUUCUCAAUGGAGAUAUCCGAGUCUGGCGAACUACGCGCUCUCCCGCUCUUGAUGAAAGACUACAUGCCCUCGCUCGCGAAGAUCCCCCAAUUCUUGCUGCGGCUCGGACCGCACGUUGACUGGGAUUCUGAGAAGGAAUGCUUCCGGUCGUUUCUCCGAGAGCUGGCUUCUUUCCACGUCCCUGAAAGCUUACCGUUGCCGCCAGCGCCCGCCGCGGAUGGUGAAGUUGCACCUGAGGAGGACCCUGAGAUCACUGCAAGGAGACAGAAGGUCUGUAGAGCGGUUGAGCAUAACAUCUUUCCUGCCUGUAAAGCUAGGUUGGUCGCUACUCGGGGGAUGUUGAAGAGUGUAAUGGAGGUUGCCAAUCUGAAGGGACUGUACAGGGUAUUCGAACGAUGCUGAACAACAUAAUGAAGGAAAAACUGCCAGGUGUUUAUCAUAAUAUCUAGAAAUAUCCAUAGACUUAUAUAGAGGG